AUGCCUCUCACCAAACCUCUCCUCCUCAUUUGUUCCUUCCUCAUCUUCCAUCUCCUCUCAACACCAACAACCUCUACAAACACUUCCUCCAUAGCCUACCAAGUCCUUCCCUUCAUAAGGGUCUUCGAAAACGGCACCGUCGAACGUCUCACCGGAACCGAAACCGUGCCCGCGUCCUACGACUCCACGUCCCGUGUCCUAUCCAAAGACAUAUCCAUACCCAUCUCCCGAGCGCUCAACAUCACGGCCCGUCUCUAUCGGCCCGCGAACGCCACCGCAGACUCCCGCAAACUCCCGCUAUUGGUCUACUUCCACGGAGGCGCGUUUUUCGUCGAGUCUGCCUUUUCUCCCACUUACCACAACCACCUAAACUCCGUCGUCUCGAAAGCCCACGUCGUGGGGGUCUCGGUAAAUUACCGUUUAGCCCCCGAGCACCCCCUCCCGACCGCGUACCGAGAUUCUUGGCACGCGCUAAAAUGGGCGUUUUCGCGCGGCCGCGAGCCGUGGCUCGAGAGGUACGUCGAUUUCAAGAGGGUGUACGUGGCGGGGGACAGCGCCGGCGGGAACAUCGCGCACAACGUGGGUAUUCGGGCCGGGCUUGACGAACGGGCCCGGAUCGAUCUAAAAGGGAUGUUUCUCAAUUGUCCGCGUUUUUGGGGCGAGGAGUUGAUCGGGAACGAGAGGAGGAACCCUAGGAGAGUCGCGUUCGUCGAGAGCGUCUGGGUCCACGCGUAUCCGAAAUCGACGGGUUUCGACGACCCGUUGUUGAACCCGCUUAAGGAUCCGAACCUCUCCAUGUUGGGGCCCAAGGAAGUGUUGGUUUAUGUGGGUGAGAAGGAUAUAUAUAGGGAUAGAGGGUUUGCUUAUGGGAAGGCACUCAAGAAGAGUAAAUGGGGUGGAGUUGUUCAAGUUAUAGAGGUGAAGGGAGAAGAUCAUGUCUUCAAUUUGAAUUUUCCUAACAGCACAAAGGCCAAGGUUAUGCUUGGACAAUUGGCUUUGUUUCUUGAUCAAGGCAGAACAUAA